AUUAUUUUCUUUUUUUGUUGUUAUCAUUAUUAAAUGAACCAAGACUCACAGAUAUUCACAGACAAUCAAGCGUCUCUAAACGACCAUUACACACAUAGUAAAAUGUCUGAAGCACCGGAUAACGUGUUACCACCACCACAACCAACACAACCACCUGCUGCCGUUCCUGCAGUAGAACAAAAGACUUCUUUAAAAUAUGCUCAUCCUAGAUUCACCAUGAGCACUUUUCAACUCUAUGAAACAAAAACGAGAUAUUAUUUAGUCGGUACGAACGGAGCGAAAAAACGUUAUAGAGUGCUUCAAAUACAUCGAACGAAUCCCAAAGACUUGGUUGUCAUUGAGGACGACGUCAUAUACACAGAGCAAGAGAAAACAAGACUACUCAAGAUGAUUGAAGAUGGUAAUCUGAGUGUAGGUGGUUUACAUUUGUCUGCCAUGAGAAUACAUGGUAUUGUGGGGUUUGUCCGCUUCACACAAGGCUGGUACAUGAUAUUCAUCACAAAGAGAAGACAGGUUGCAUUAUUGGGCGGACAUUAUAUCUAUCAUAUCGAUGAGACUCGUCUUGUACCCAUCGGAUAUGGUGCAAAAAUCGAUAAAAACUCGGAUGAAGCAAGAUACAUGGCCAUCUUUCAGAAUAUCGACCUGGCAAAGAACUUUUAUUUCUCUUACACCUAUGACAUUACUAAUUCACUUCAAAAGAACCUAACACAACCCCCUUUAGCACCAGCACAGGGAUCAUCCUCUUCUUCUGCCCAAAAAGAGGAUGAUAGCUUGAAACACAAUGAUAUGUUUGUGUGGAAUCAUUAUUUACUAAGUGCUGGAUUCGAGAACCUCGAUAGCAAAUCAGGCUGGAUUUUACCUCUCAUCUAUGGUUUUGUAGAUCAAGCAAAAAUCUCUGUCUUUGGUAGGAAUAUCGUAGUGACAUUGAUUGCUAGAAGAUCACGUUACUUUGCCGGAGCCCGUUUUUUGAAGCGUGGUGUGAAUGACAAGGGAUUUGUAGCCAAUGAUGUAGAGACUGAGCAAAUUGUUACAGAUAUGGCAACAACAUCAUUUCACUCCACGGAUUAUCUAUUUGGUAACCCACGCUACACUUCGUAUGUACAGUACAGAGGAUCUAUCCCUUUAAUAUGGUCGCAAGACACAACCAAUAUGUCUCCUAAACCACCCAUCGAAUUAAAUGUUGUGGAUCCAUUCUUUUCAGCUGCUGCUCUUCAUUUUGAAAAUCUUUUUGAAAGAUACGGUACUCCCGUCAUUGUAUUGAACUUGAUCAAACAAAAGGAAAAAACCAAGCGUGAAUCAAUUUUGGGAAAGGAGUUUGCGGAAUCCAUCAAGUAUCUCAAUCAAUUUUUACCGGAUGAUAAACAGAUUAAUUACAUUGCUUGGGAUAUGUCGCGAGCAUCUAAAAGUCAUGAUCAGGAUGUCAUUGGGUUCUUAGAAAAAAUUGCCGAUGAUACAAUGGAGUCAACUGGGUUCUUUCAAAGCGGUAUUAGCGAUGAUCCAGCAGAAGAUGUCAAGUAUUCAAGACAAGAGGGCGUACUAAGAACAAAUUGUAUUGACUGUCUCGAUCGAACCAAUGCAGCUCAGUUCUUAAUGGGUAAAUGUGCUUUAGGCCACCAGCUAUAUGCAUUAGGUGUCAUUGCAUCACCCAAAAUUGAUUUCGAUUCAGACGCAGUCAAUAUCUUUACCGAGAUGUAUCAUGAUCAUGGUGAUACCAUUGCUCUUCAAUACGGUGGUUCCCAUCUUGUCAACACAAUGGAAACCUACAGAAAGAUCAAUCAAUGGACAAGUCAUCCUAGGGAUAUGAUCGAAUCCAUCCGUCGAUUUUAUGCAAAUGCAUUUUCUGAUGCAGAUAAACAGGACGCUAUUAAUCUCUUUCUGGGUAAUUUCGUCACCGUUGAUGGUCAACCCACCCUUUGGGAAUUAAGCUCAGAUUAUCACUUGCAUAAUCAACAUCCUUUAAAGAAAGACGUGCGCCGAGAUUACCGCCAUUGGUAUGCCAAAGAAGUGUUGGAGAAAAAGACACACGAAUUAGAUCCAGCAUUAUUCGAAAUACCUUACCAGUUCCGUGUUCCGGCAGUGAAUCCCGAUGAGAGCGAUACUUUUCAAGGAUACUGGGUUGAAUAUUACAAUCAUAAAGAGCUAACAAGUCUGGAUAGCUUAUUUACAUUUAACAUGAAUGGUACAUUGAAAUACCGGCCUCUGAAAAUAUCCGCAUCCAAGCAAAUAAAAGAAUUGACAAAGGCGGAAGCUUUAGAGAUGAGUCCAUUCACAGUCAGGGCUGGAGGUAAAAACCCGUCCAACCUGAAUCCAGCCACUUUUAAAGAAAAAAAUGAACCCCAGGAUGAAAAUAUCAAUCAUGAAAUUGAAAUGUCGCCUUCCUGGACCAUUGAGGGAAUCACACAGCGUAACUUGGAUCCAAGUAUUACUCAUGCAGAACACAAAGAAUAUAAAAGAUAUACCCAACAAUUUAAAAGUAUUGAAAAACUAACAGUAACACAUGGUGAUCAAUCGAGUUACGCUAAUGUGGAGAACUUUCCUGAAUUUCAACAAUACCAAAACUAUAUCCAUAAAAAUGAGUUGGAGGAGCAUCCAUCCGCACUCAAGACCAUCAGUAUUGAUGAGCAGGUGUAUAACACUUACGUUGAUAUACCCCGUAGAGCUGCCUCUGUGCAAGUUAGUCGUGAAUGGAGCGGAAAUGCAAGAAAGAGGUAUGAAGGUUACGCUAGUUACUUGCGGCAUGGAAAAUACCCCUCGCAACAGCAGCAACAACAACAGCAAACAAGGCAAUCUAGUACGAGUGGAUUAAACUGAUCAAGUUGGAUGACAACCAUGAUUUGUUUGAAAUAAAAAUAGAGCAUAUCAUGUGAAAUUUAGGCAUUUUGAUAAAAUAGAAUUUUAGAGUGUAAAAAAAAACACUUGUUUCUCAGAGCCGUUCAAUAGACACAAGAUGAAUAAUAAUGUUUUUUUUGGGGGGUCGUACAGGAUGGGACAUUUCUAGAAUUUAGAGCCAAACUGUCGGUAGUCCAAUAAAAAAAAAACGUGC